AUGGCCAAGCAGAUCCCGGCCGUUGUCAACCUCGCUUUCCCAAAUGGGCGCAAGUUAGAUGUUCCAACAGGUCUAUUUAUUGACAAUAAAUUCGUUCCUUCCGUUGAGGGUGCUACUAUUGAUUCGAUCAAUCCUGUCACCGAGGAGCUUCUAGCGACCGUCUCUUCAGCUACAGAACAGGACAUUGAUAUCGCCGUCGCCUCUUCUCGAAAUGCGUUCAAAACCGUAUGGGGUCGCAACUUCCCACCUGUGCAACGUGGAAAGCUGUUGAAUAGGUUAGCCGAUCUUCUGGAACGUGAUGCUGAAGCGUUUGCUGGCCUCGAAGCAUUGGACAAUGGCAAGAGCGCACAGGUAGCCAGGGAGGUGGAUCUGCCUGAUUCAAUUGCGUGUAUUCGAUAUUACGCUGGCUGGGCCGACAAGAUUUUUGGGCAGACUAUUGAGGUGGAUGAUAAAGGCCUCAAGUCAGCCUCCACCCGCGUCGAGCCGUUUGGGGUUUGUGCCCAAAUUAUUCCAUGGAACUACAACAUCAUGAUGCUGGCUUGGAAGAUCGGGCCCGCCCUCGCUGCUGGUUGCACCGUCAUUCUUAAGCCAUCAGAGCUCACGCCGUUGCCUGCUUUGAAAUUCAGUGAACUAGUCGCGGAAGCAGGAUUCCCGCCAGGGGUGUUCAACUGCGUGCCCUCUUACGGGCCGAUUGGGGGCGCUGCUUUGGCUUCGCAUCUCAAUGUCGAUAAGGUUGCCUUUACCGGCUCCACUCUCACUGGGAGAAAGAUCAUGCAGGCUGCUGCGCUUAGCAACCUGAAAAAGGUCACACUUGAAUUGGGAGGCAAGAGCCCGCACAUCAUUUUUGAAUCCGCUAAUCUGAAAGAUGCGGCGACCCAUGUCACUGGAGGUAUUUUCCUGAACCAGGGCCAGGAUUGCAGUGCUGGGUCUCGACUUUACGUCCAAGCUUCCGUGUACGAUGCCUUCUUGAAGGAACUUAAAGCCUCCGCCGAGGAAUGGACGGCUGGUUACGGGGAUAACUUCAAGGAAGGAGCCCUCGGAGGUCCACUUGUUAGCAAGGCUCAACGUGACAAGGUCGUUAAUUAUGUGGAGGGCGCGAAGGAAGCUGGAGCUUCGAUUCUCUAUGGUGGUACCAAGUGGGAAGGCAAAGGAUGGUACUAUCUUCCAACAAUCAUUGGUGAUGUCACUCCGGACAUGAAAGUUGUCAAAGAAGAGGUUCGCUUGAUUAUUAUCCUCUUUAUCCAUCAUCGAUAUUCUGAUGAUUUGCGGUCAUCGUUUGUCGGGGUUAAGAUCUUUGGACCAGUAUUGGUGGUUUCCAAGUUCAACACGGAAGAGGAGGUGAUCGAACUCGCGAACAAUACGACAUACGGCUUGGGUGCAGGAUUUCACUCGAGUGACGCGAAUCAAUGUCAGCGUGUUCAGGCGAGCUUGGAAGCGGGGACCGUUUGGGUGAAUCAAUACGGACUUCUUUACAACCAGUCACCAUUUGGAGGGUACAAGCAAUCCGGCAUAGGCCGUGAACUCGGAUCGUAUGCAAUUGACAACUACACACAGAUCAAGACCGUUCUUUGGGAUUAUUCGGGGGGAUCGUCUCAGUGA